UUUUUACAUUGGUGUACGCUUGUGUGUGAUAGUGUGUACGUCUGUGAAGGCAUGAGGAUCGUCUGAGUGUGUUUGUUAAGCUUCUCUAAUCGGAUCAGUUGUUAUAAUUAGCGCAGCAGUGAAAGUGAAGCCACCACUCAAAAGUGAGUCGCAAUAAAGACACCUUUGCUGAGAGUUUUUAUCCUGAAGUCGGUCAUGUCUCACGGCUCCCAUGAGCCUCCUUCUACACCGAUCGACCAAACAGACUGCCCAACGUUGACCAAGCCAGUUGACCAAAACCAGCGGCCGCCUGGAGUUCAGAACCACAGUGGACUGAUCCAGCUGGAUGGAUCAUUUAAGCUCCCUGGUGAUGACAAUAUACAUUCCUCAGAUGGAGAAGACAAACUCUUGGAACAGCCUCUAGAGAGCUUGGAGGACAGUGAUCCAAACAUCUCAGUUGAUCCCACUGUGGAGGAAGCCACCAGAGAACAUGCGGAUCUUGAGGGACAAGUCCAGGCAGAUGUGGCUGGUGAUCCAGCAGGGGUCCCCGCGCUGGUGAUCACAAAGGCAGUGGAAUCAGUGGGACCAGCACCAUGUGUACCAGACUUGGAUGGACCAGCUGAGUUUCAGACCACAAGACCAGUGGUCACUUCCGCUGACAGCAGCAUGGUCUCCAGCUGUGAGGGAGGCGACGGCGGGUGGAGCGACAGCGUGUCUCUGGGGGGCGAGUCUGCCACCUGCAGGAGGGUGAGUGGCCUUGAGCCACCAUCGUUCUUCUGCAGAGAAGAGUUUUUUGCAGUGAGUGAUGAAGAUGACACAAGGAGCGUCACAGCUUCAUCAUUGACGUCUCUGUUCCACAGAGUCCAGCUGGAUCCUCUGGAGAAGGACUGGAUGAGGAGCACUGCUCUGGGAAACAUCAGUGUCCAGCGUUUGCUGCUGACUCAGGACCCGAGUCUGGUUAUGAAGAAGACAGCCCUUCACUGGGCAGCAAAACAUGGUCGCCAGGAUCUAGUCGACAUGAUGCUUCAGUCCGGAGCUGAUGUCAACAUCCGAUCCGGCUACACACCGCUACACCUAGCUGCCAUCCACGGUCACCAACACAUCGUGCACUCGCUGAUCAACACCUACAACGCUAAAGUCAGCCUCCGAGAUUACCAUGGCAAGAUGGCGGCGCAGUACUGGAAGGGCGCUGCCAACGUCUUUGGCGAUCAUCUGCCUUCUGAGACACUUGGAAGACGACGAGAGCCACAGCGCCAUGUUUUCCCACCACUGCUCUCACGCUCACGCAGUUACGGACAUCUAAAUAUGAACUUCAGGCCCCCACCUGAGUCACAUAGCCUGGAGCUCUAUCUUUAAAACAUUGCCACAUGUCAAUCAUCAUCCAUUUCAGCUGUCAAUCAUUUUCUGAUGUAAAAAAUGAAGAUACAUUUAAAAUCUAUGGGUUGUCUUUGUUUGCUCCAUUUAUUCCAUCACACUGUUGUGUGUGGUUGUGUGUAUAUACUGACAUUAAUA